CAUUGAUCUUACUCAGAUGAAACAUAACAGUGUUCUCGCUAGACACGGAGAUCCCUUUUAUAUAACCGUAUUAUGAAUGAAAACAAGUGGGAUAUUUGCCCUAAUUGUGAGCGUGAAGUGACUGUAGUGGGCCGUGGCCCCGAGAGUGGCUGAGGAAGUGGCCGGCGAGGUAGCCAGUGGCCGUCACCACCAUCUUGUGAGGGAAGCUGAAGUGUACCUGAGUGAAGAGUUUAAUCAUGAGUAGUGGUGAGCGUAGACCACUGAAGCGGAAGGCAGAGGAGUCACUUGAACAGGAACAUGGAAGAAGCAAAACUGGAAAAGAAGCAAGAACUGAAGUACUGGUUGCAGGCUGUACAACGGCUGGCAAUAUAGGUAUUUUGACGCUGUCAGAUAAUGACUGGGCUUGCCUCGACUCUCCUCCAAUUCACACCAAAGAAAAUACUGCCAGUAUUUCGAAAAGGGAAGAAAAUAAGGAUGGGUCUGUUAGUUGUGGUGUUAUGUGGAGGGGCGACGAGGGAAGACAGCUAGACUCGUCUGUACCACAGGUAUGUUUAAGCUGCAAGAGAGAAGCAAAUGGCAAGACGUCUGACUGUGGCACACAAACAUUUCAUUUUCUGCCGGCAACAUCCGCUCCGGAGGCAUUUGUUCUGGAGUCAGGCUGUAAGACGGAGACAUCAAAGCAAGUUGCUCUCGCAAGUGUCAACCUUAAGAAUAUUAAAGUGGAAGUACCUGACGACCAGGAAUAUGAAAGACAUCCAUUAGUCUGCUGUGUUCGUGAUUGUGAAUCCCGGUCAAAUGAAGCGGAUUCCAUCAUAUUCUACGCUGUUCCUCAUAAUAAAGAGCUCAAGUUAUUUUGGGCAGAAGUGCUUGAUAUUAUUGUACCUGACUGCUAUAGUUCCUCGGAGCAGUAUGUCUGCAGCUUGCAUUUCAUAACUCCCCAAAAAUUACCAGUUGUGAAGACAAAAACUCGAAAAAAGAAAACCUGCGACAUGUUGGUGGCUGAGGAAGCAGAGAAGAUCAAGCAGGGAUUGUCUGCAGGCAGACCCAAGAGGACUCCAAAACCUAACAAGAAUUAUGACUGGGCUGAACUGACCCCUUUUAUCAAGACAGAAUUAUCAGAUCCAGAUGAAAUGGAAUUUGUGCCAGUAUCAAAAGCUCAGGUGAAGAGCAGUGCGUUGGUCGGUCGAAGAAGAAAACAGGCACUUACUCCAGUAAAAAAGGAAGACAAAGAAAAUGAGAUGCCAUCACCUGACACAGGGACCUCAGUUUUUGAAAAUGAAGAUGAAUACGGGGAAAAUGUCAGUUUGCCUAGUCAUCCAAGAGCACCUCCUCCGAAACCAAAGGGACGACCUCACCGAAUUAGAGACACGUGUACCCAAACUGAUGCACUUCAUAGUUCUUUAAAACAACCAUUACGUGAGGUGAAGGUGCAGUGCAAUUUAUCAACCGAGCCCCUUAUAUCCUGCCCAAACUGCUCCAUUAUUGACUGGAUGAAAUUAGAAGAACUUCUGAUUGAUUACUUAGCCAAAAUAGAAGGGGAGUUGUGUGACCCAGUGCUAAGUGAAUACUUCAGAAAUUUGGUGAGCGAUGUACAGGAACCCACCCAUGCCACAAAUGUCCUCAAACUUCUUAGUGGGUUGGAGAGAGAUAGCUUGGAGGGGACCAAGGACAUUAUUCUAAUAUCUAGUCAGGACGAUGAAGUGGAAAUAGAGAAUGUAAUUCAUCCAGAAGUAGAAGCACCAAUGACAGGGUUGAGAGAAAUUACUCCAAAACUCUGGCAGGAAAACACAAAAUGGAAGAAAGAAAUUGAACCGGACGAGGAUGUGGUUGAGGAUGAUACAGAUGGGUUGGGUUUGCAGGAGGCGACUGAAAUAGAUGAUGAUGAAUUCCAUCCAGGUUUUCCCGAACCCGACGAGGAUGAGGAAGAAGACCAAGAGUUGGACGAUGAGGAUUGGAACAUCAAUAAAAGAGAUAGUGACUCUGGAAUUUCAUCAUCAAAGCGGAAACAGAAGAAAGUCAAUCAAAGAAGUAAAAAAGGGCGAGAAUGUCUUGGGGAAGAAACAGGAGGCCGGGAGGCGGACAGGGGAUCAGGGAGUGAGGAUAGUGAGGAGGAAAAUAAGGACUGUGAUAGAGCUAAAAUAAGUAUAUCAAAGAGAGGCAUAGUAAAAGUACAGGGAUAUAGUAGUCUGAGACAGAGACAAAUAAUGAAGAGAGUUCGUAAAGGUGGAGACGACCGUUGGCUCAGAGGAUCUUACAGCUGCCCCAAGUGUGACAAAGUCUUUACCACUAAGCUUAAAAUGGAGCGUCACCAUCAGCACAUACAUCUAGGCAUUGCUCCAUGGACUGGAAGCCACUUGUGUAAAGAAUGUGGCAAAACAUUUACUCAAAAAGUUGGAUUGAGGGUUCACCGGAUGCACAAGCACGGUGAUCCUAAACAGUUUCCUUGUCAUCUGUGUCACUAUGAAGCUGUAACAAAGGCCAAACUAGCAAGACAUUUGAAGAGUCAUUCAGAUGAUAGAAUUUAUUCUUGUGAAUAUUGUGGUAUGGCACUAAAAACUACUGACACCUACAAAAAUCACAUGGCCCUACAUACAAAUGAAGGUAGAUACCAGUGUAAUGUAUGUAAAAAGGCCUUUCAUCACAAACAGUACUAUGAUGAUCACUAUAGAAGUCACUUUGAUGUGCGAGACUACAGGUGUGAUAUAUGCCAAACUGCAUUUAAGACAAAUAAAUCAUUACGGACACACAUAAGAGGAGUUCAUCUGAAUGACAAGCGUAUUAUAUGUGAUAUAUGUGGGGCAAGAUUUAUGACCAAUUACAAUCUGAGGGGUCACAUGAAGAAGCAUACACGUGCUGACCGUACAAAUGCAAAAUACCAAUGUCAGUUUUGUUCAUAUAAAUUUUACAGUGAUGCUGGGUUAAGUAGUCAUAAACGCAUUGUGCAUUCACAAGAGUACCAGCCACUUCAAAUUAAGGUAGAAUCAGAAGCUCGUCCAGCUUCAGUAGCUUCAGCCAUGUACAAUAGAAGAAAGUCCAAGUCACUUCCAAUGGAAGAAAUUGAAAAAGAGCAAAUGAUGUACACUGCUGAUGUGGAACACAUAAUCGAAGAGGGAGGGACCGAGGUCGUAGCUUACCAGACUGAGCGUUCACUGUUAGUCGAGGAAGAUUGUGUUGAAGCCAUUGAGGCUGUUGUUGAAGAUAAUGGUGAAGAGCAACCUAGACAGCAUGUUAGCAUCAUAUAUGUAUAUCACUGUAACUAUUGUGGCUCCAUGUUCACAUCUCAAGACCUCCUUACUGCCCAUAUUAAGACAUCUCACAAAGAAUGAAUAUUUAAGCCUUGGUACUCUUAUCUGUAUCAGAUACUGUAUGUAAAUAUUGAAAUACAUAUUACUAGUAUGUUUGUCCAUAUCUUUUAUGGCAUAUUCAUGAUAUUCACAAGUUCAAUGCCUGUAAAAAUGUCUAAUUUUGUAUGUAAUUUUUUUAUUUUAAGCCUUCAAUGCUGUAACACUAUACAGUACAGUAUUUUAUUUAUUUAAAGAUAUCAUUAUUUCUGUAGGAACUUUAUAAAAGCAAUAUGUAUUAACAAUGCAUUUUAUUUGUUACUUUUUAAUUUUAACAUACAUGCAUGGAUGAUGAAAGGAUCAUAUAUGGGUGUAACAAUCUGUGUAUAUAAAGUGGGAAGUGAAGUGAGAAAAAUGUACUAUGAUGGUGGAAGAGUACAGUACAUGGGUAUUAAAAUGCAGCCGCCAUCUUUUUGUGAUAAGUAGUAAGUAUUUUGUGCAUAAUGCACAUUGAUAAUAAGAAUAUCAUAAAUGUCCAGUAGUGGUAAAAGCCCUGUUUAUAAUUAUUUAUGGCUAUGUAACAAAAGAUUUUGGGUGGUACUGUAUACACUCGGUUCUCCAAAGUCUGCUUAACCAAAUAUUUGAGUUGUCUGGCCAAAAUCGGCUCCAGAUAAUUUUCUGCCAAACUUAACCAUAUUCAAGCAGAAAUGCAAAGAAUUUGAGAUUUGGCUAUUUAAUGCAGACUGGCACAGAGUUGUAAGUCAAGUCCAGAUAAAUUUCUGGCAAAAUUUUGCCGUAUCUGGACAGAAAUCCAGUUGACUGGAGGUUAGGUUAUGUAAAUUUUCAAGAAAUACACAUUUCAAGGUCUUCAGUAUCAAACAAGAAGACAAAUUACAACAAGGUAAGCUGAAGUUUCUGUUUUAAAUUAAUUUUGUAUUAAUAGUGUAAGUGGAAAUUUGAAUUAUGUUGAUUGUGAUACAAGAAAUUCUGGAUAUUGUAAUUUUGAACUUCCCAUGUAAGAAUUCUGCUAAUCCUGAUGCCUGGCUUAUCCCGUGAGGGGUCCUUCCCCAUAUAAUCAAGAUAAGUAAGCUUAAUCAUUAUAUUCAAAGAGUAUGAUGAUUUUUGAUUAGUAUUGUUUGAUUACAGCAGUCGAAUGUUAGAAAUGGUAUGAUAAUGAUGUGAUAGGUUGAGACGAGGAUGCUUGCUACAAACUGUUGUAGUCAGGUAGGACAUGGUGCUGAAGGUGGCCAAAAGCAGAGAGCUUGGGUGAGGCCAACGAUGCAGAGCUCGAAGGAGGGAGAGAACAGAAAGCUCGAGUAAGGCCUGGAUUGGCUGUCUGCUCUGGAGGGAGGCGUAUAGUAUCUGGUGAGAGUUGGAACCAGACUGACGUUUGAAUCUUCAACCAUGUUAUAGUGGCGCCCAUCUGACUUUGUGCUGGACCUAGUUUGUUUUUUUAUUUGGCAAGCUGAUCAUUCUUGGCCCGAUGAGAAGCUCCAGGUUACUUCUGGUUACCCUAAGUGAUUUGUGGAAACCUUGGGGAUUUGUUACAGAUGUCAUUAAUGGCGAGUGAUUAUGAUUGCAGGUGCCAUUAGCAGUUAUGGAGAUUAUUGGGAACUUUUGAUUGCUUAGAAUAAAUUUUCUUAGUAUGUGAAAUAGCUUGGGAAUAAUUAAAUUGGCUGCCACAUUAUAUCUAAUGUGGAUGCUACAGCCACAUAAAACCAAACCAAGUUGGUCAUGUUAGAGAAUAAAGUGACAAUAACGUGGCUGAAAAUGAUGCGUUUCGAUCCUUCUUGGACCUUUAUCGUGUCAUAAAAAUUUGAUAAGGGUCCAGGAUGAGCAGAAAACAUCACCACUUUCAUUUCAUAUAUGUAAUUACCUAAGUGUAGUUACAAGGUGGGUGCUAUGCACAUGGUGUCCUGUCUUCCUAGUACUCUUUGUCAUAUAACACUUUGAAACUACUGAUGGUUUUGGCAUUCACCAUCUUUUCACAUAUUCCAACCAUCUACCAAUCUGUUUGCAAAAGUGAGCUUUCAAACGUUUUUUUGGCAGCUUUGUUUCCUAAGUUUGAAUCUUGGCCCGCUUAUUCUUUAAGUUGUAGGUUACAAGAAUUCGUCUUCUUUAAUUUUGUUGAUUCCUGUUGUUAUUUUGUUCUAGCUUCUCAACAUAGCUUUUGUUUCUUGGUUCUGGAAGCUGUUCAGUUGCAUGUCUUUGCUCAUAUUCAAGUUUAUUAAUGUGAUUCUAGAGAUAUGGGCUCCCUACACUCAUUGCACAUUUCAACUUUGGUCUCACAAGUCAUGAACGAUUUCUUUAAUAUUUUGCCAUCCAUGUAUUUAAAGGCAAUUAUGAAGUUAGGAAGCAUAGCAUAGGCUCCUCAUACAAUGUUUUUAUGUGGUCCUCUUGUGACAGUUUUCUUUCUAGAAUCACCCCUAGAUCUUUUUAUCAGAAUACUUCAAAACUUUUUCACAUAAUUUGUAGGUUGUAUAGGGCCUAUUUUUUCCUAUUAAGCAUUCCAUAAAGUGGCAUUUUUUCACAUUAACCCUCUCGCUGCGCAACUGUUAGUGUCAAUAGCUGUCAAUCCCGGUUCACAAGAAAAAAUAAAAAAAAAAUAAAAAAAAAUUGCCUUUAAUAUUGUUUAAAUGCAUUCCUUGAUCAUGGGGGAAAAAUUGUCUGUGACAUAUUCUGGCAGUGAUGAGGUGAGGAAGUGUGGCAUGAUGCAGGCAUUGAGAGAGUAGUGCUCUAGAGGCCCUUGAAACACAAACCGUAACUGUCUCUAUUUUCUGCUUGUUACAACUUGUAAUAAAGUUCUUACAUCUUGGGUUAAUGUGUUUAUGAUGUAUUAGAACAUUGUUACAAUUAAAACUUGUUCAAACGUUGUACCAACGUCGUAGUUUCAGUGUGUGUGUUUGGAGGGGGCAGUCUGCUCCAGCCAAGCCAUGUGGCAGGAGCUGCCACAAACAUAUUAUUACUUAAUUAUUUCAAGGUGUCUGAUUGUUUUUCUAUUUUUUUGCAGUAAUAUUAUUCAAUAGUGUGCAAUGUGAUAAAUUUAUAUAAUAAUGUGUGGACCAUCACUGUACUAAAAAAUAUGGUAUGCAUAUUAGUGAUACAAUUAUUAUUGUCUCAGAACAAUAAAACAGUGUUUUUGAUGUUAUUACACUGCAUAUAUACACUAUAUCUACACAGUGGUACCUUGGUUUAUGGCUGCCCUAGAUUACAAUUUGUUUGGUAUAUGACAUCAAAUUCCUUGUAAAAUUUGACUUGGUGUACAAUGUUUGCCUUGGAAUACAACGUUUGUUGAUACUUGUAUAGGUCGAGCGAGCUCGUGGUUCUGCUAGACGCAGGCGAGGCACGCUCAGUUUAUCAGUGUCUCCCACUUAGUGAUGACCACGCUUGAAUUCUUUGUAAAGAAUUUCAUGGUUUUUCUGCUUUUUUUUUUUGUUUCUGAACAGUAAAAUUUUUAUUUUAUAUCACACUAUGGGUCCCAAGAAAAUCAAUUGUAAAGUUCAAGCAAAGAAAAUAGUUGUGUGGAUGACGAUAGAGGAAAAACAAGAGAUCGUUCAUAGUGAAUGAAUGUGAUGUCUCACUACAGACAAGUGUUAAAAUGUAGGGAAAACUAGUGUCUUUAGACAGAUUCUUAGUAAGACAAGCAAGCAGUUAGCCACAACCAGGUCCUAGUGGUAUGCCUGCAAUGUCAUCACUGCCUGAUGUUAUGAUGGAAGGGGAUUUCCCCUUUCAAACACUAACACCUCUCCUCCUCACCGUCUUCCAUACACUAACUGGAAUCCUCAAUAAAGGACUCCACGUUGGAUUAUAAACACUCCAUGUUGAGGGGAGGGUUUGUGCACUCAUCCUUGAAGUGCGAAGAACUACAAGGUUGGAUAUAACAACAAUAACCUCGGAUUGUGAUGUUUCGAAGCUCGAAAACUGUAACAAAUGUAAACGAAGCCAUCAUGAUUGUUAAAGAUGUACAGGUUCUGUAAGUGGAUGAGUAGAUGCUUGAUGAUUCCUGGAGGUCGUCUGGAGCGAUCUUAAGGAGUGUUAUGGCCAUAAACAGAAUAUUCCUUCAUCUCAAACUGUCUGUACAAUAAUGGGUUCUUGUUCACUUGAAUAACAAUAUGAAUGCAUGUUGGGUGAAUGGUUAAAGGCAGAGUUGUUGGCGUGCGGGCCGCUGCUAGCACCAGUCUUAGCAAUCAAAGUUAUCUCAAGAUAAGCCUCACCCGUGUAGAACUCUUUAACAGGUAACCUGGGACAACAGGUAUCCUAUAGGAUGAACAAUCCAAUCUAAUACAGCAUACAUAGAUGCGAUAAAGCCCAUAAAUUAUUAGGAUCAUCUCAAAGCUCUCCAAAUGUACUCGCUAGAAAGGAGACGAGAGAGAGAUAUAAAAUAAUAUUCACGUGGAAAAUACUGGUGGG